AAAGAGCAAAUCAUCUGAACUCUAAGCAGCCUACAUGCAUCAUCUCAGUGUAGCUCACCACCUCCUCUGUUUUAUCACUGCCAACAGUUUCAGCACUCUCUCUUUCCCACAGAUUAACCUAGCGGUGCCAGUCAGCACCAGCACGGGGCGUUUCAGGUUUAAUGUUUAAACUCGCCCCUCUGAGUUCUCCACACACAUUAGCCAAAUCCACUGCUUGUGCACUUAGCAGUGAGAGUGAGUCACCUGAGAGACUGUAGUGGGUGAGCCGAGCAGGCCAAGUGGACACAGUGACCAUUUUACAGUGGGUAUAAGUUCCCGGUCCUUUAAAAACAGCCAGAGUUCUGUGAGGAAUUAACACCUGCCUGAUCUAAGAGACAAUCUGGGGUCAAACAGCUAACAGCAUGAAGAGCUGGAGCAGGAAACUCCAGAGACAAGUGCCCGACAGUGUGGUGGGGGCCUCCUCUAGUAAGAGGAACUCCAUUAGUGAUCCACCAGUGCCUGUGUGGAUUACUCACACACCCACACCAGAUAAUAUCACGGAUGGUGAUGAAAACUCUACAGGCCGCACAUCCAGCACUCAACCUUAUGCAGAAAAGAAUAAUGAUAAAAAAAGGAGCAUGAAGGACAAGCUGAAAUCCCUCAUUCCUCAGUCAUGGGGUGGCACCAUCCAAAGGUGGACAUGGGAAGUUGACAGUUCUAACUCUGAACCCAGCACAACUAGGAUCCAGAUCCUUCCCAAUGGGACCAGGGUGAGCCCUCCUGUAAGUCCCCUGCUGGAGAGGAAGAACUGGGAAGAAUCACUGGGUAACUUCAGCCAGAACUCCCACAAGCCUUUGUUAAGAGACAGCCCCACUGAUGAGGACUUUGAUCGAGGCCCACAGGAGGAAUCUAUACUCACUUCUAUCCAUCCUGCAGAGUACUAUGCUGAGAAGCUGGAGGUCUAUACCCAGAAGUACUCCUAUUUGAAGUCCUGGCCAGGCCUGCUUAGACUUCUUGCAGGACUUGAACUGUUGUUUGGGGGCAUGGUCUUUGCUUGUGUCAUCGCCUACAUCCAGAAAGACAGUGAGUGGUCCUACACCUACGGACUCAAUAAUGGCAUAUACAACAAUGGGCUUGGCCAAUCUGGGUACAGCUACAGAGGUCCAAUGACUCCUUUCAUUCUGGCUGUAGCUGGAGUAUCCUGGAUCAUUACCCUGUGUCUCUUGGUGAUGGGAAUAACUAUGUAUUAUCGCACCAUCCUCCUCAACUCCUCCUGGUGGCCUCUGACAGAGGCCUUCAUUAAUGUAGCGCUGUUCCUGCUCUACAUGGCAGUAGGGAUUGUAUACCUGAACGACUUGAACAGAGGAGGGCUGUGCUACAUGACAAUAGGUGUUAACCCCAUCGUGGCCAAUCUGUGUCGGGUUGAUGGGGGCCAGAUGGCAGGAACAGCUUUCAUCUUCAUCAACAUGGCAAUGUAUCUAGGAAGCUUCCUGGUAUGUCUGAAGAUGUGGAAGCAUGAAGCUGCACGUAGGGAGAGGGAGUACUCUGAGAACAAGCCCCAGGAGGAGUUUCAGACAUCUAUCUCACAAACACACAAAAAACCCAAACACAUAUCAUUCAAAGAUGAAAUGGACAAAUCUCUGAGUAAGGAUUAUGUUACUUCACAUACACUUGUCCCUGAGAAGUCAGUCUGUCUGAAGAAAGACAACGGGCCUGAACACACCCCCAAAGUACACAUUAUUGCAGACUACAUCAUGAAGUAUCCAGAGAUCAGCUGCGUGGAAGAACGGGAACAGUACAAAGCUGUUUUCAAUGACCAGUAUCAGGAAUACAAGGACCUCCACAAAGACGUCAACACCAUGCUCAACAAGUUCAGAGAGUUGGAUAUCAUGAUUGUGCAACUCCUCAAAGAUGGAAAAACCCAGAAGGAUCAACAGAGAAUUCAAACCAUUUUGAAGAACUAUCAGCAGAAAAAAAGUGACCCUACUUUCCUAGAAAAAACUCAACGCUGCGAGUAUUUGAAAGCCAAAUUAAGCCACAUCAAAAAGCGAAUCCAUACUUUUGAUCAGGAAACCAUGGCAAAUAGUAGAAGAUGAGCAAAAAGAAGUACUUGCACUAUCUGAUGAGUACACAGAACAAAUAAACUUUUUGCCAUAGGAACUUUGUUUCUUUUUUUCAGUCAGUUAAUAUAUUUCAUUUUGAAUGAGAAGAGUAUUCUUCAUAUAU